AUGUUCCGCUCCGUGUGCACCCUGAAGCCCUCUACUCCUCUCUCGGUCCGCAGAGUCGGGGCUAAGGUUUACUCCUAUGGUGGCUUUCACUCUGGUUGUGCUAUGGCUGGAAUGCUCUGGUAUCUGGCAUUUACCGUUCUCCUGAGUGCCGACCUUAGUGACCCGCACAAGAGAUCCGCGUUCGCCUUCGCAUUGUUCAUCAGCGUACUUCUCCUGGCCAUCAGCUGGUCUGCGUUCCCGGCAUUCCGUGUCUCCUACCACAACACUUUUGAGGCCGUUCACCGUUAUGCUGGCUGGUUCUCCGUGGGCCUCCUUUGGGCGCAGCUCGGGACCUCGGUCGCCAUCUCGCACUACCUCUAUGGUGAGUCUGCUGGUCUUCUCCUGAUUGAGAGCCCCCUUUUUGGUAUGUAA